GCUUCAAUGCAACGCCGCUGCCACAGCCUUCAACUUUCCUUCCACGGCUCAGCUCAUCGGCUGACACUCCAAUGCAUGGCUCCUGCCCCGCCGCCUCUUCUCCUCCCCUUCCUCUCUUCUGAGUUCUGACAUCACGUCCUGCGCGCGCACCUACGCCGCCGCGCGUCACCUUCGACUCGAUCGCGUCCCCGCGAAGCUGAAAUGGGGGAGGAGGCGCCGCCGCCGUCGGCGCCAAAGCCGGCCAAGGUGUACUAUGACGGCUGCCCCGGCUGCGCCGUGGAGCGGAGGAAGGAGAGCCACCAGGGCGUUCCGUACAAGGAGCUGCUCUUCGUUGGGACCACCACGUUCGCAUCGUCUCUGCCAAUAACCUCCUUGUUCCCGUUUUUGUACUUCAUGAUAAGAGACCUGCAUGUUGCUCAAAGAGAAGAAGACAUUGGAUUCUAUGCUGGGUUUCUCGGUGCAUCAUAUAUGAUCGGCAGAGGUUUUGCCUCAGUUUUUUGGGGUAUGGUUGCAGAUCGUAUCGGACGAAAGCCUGUGAUUGCAAUUUCAUUAUUUUCGGUCAUUAUAUUCAACACUUUGUUUGGAUUUACUGUGAAAUAUUGGAUGGCUAUUACUACAAGGUUGCUUCUUGGUGCUCUAAAUGGAUUCCUUGCACCAAUAAAGGCUUACUCUAUUGAAGUUUGUCGAGCUGAACAGCAAGCUUUGGGUCUAUCAAUUGUUAGCACAGCAUGGGGAAUGGGUGUUAUAAUUGGUCCAGCAAUUGGGGGCUACCUAGCACAGCCUGUCAAACAAUAUCCACAUCUGUUUCAUGAGAAAUCAGCUUUUGGGAGGUUCCCAUAUCUUCUACCAUGUCUAUGUAUAUCACUUUUCGCUGCCUUGGUCUUCAUAAGCUGUGCAUGGCUCCCGGAGACCCUACAUAAGCACAAAGGCCUUGAGAGGGCAGUUGAAACAGCUGAAGGUUCCACAACUCAAGAAAGUACAGAAUUACCUAAGAAGAGUUUAUUGAAAAACUGGCCAUUGAUGUCAUCCAUUCUCACAUAUUGUGUCUUCUCCCUUCAUGACACUGCAUAUAGUGAGAUAUUUUCUCUGUGGACUGUAAGUAAUAGAAAAUAUGGCGGGCUUAGCUUUUCAUCUAAAGAUGUUGGACAAGUUCUCGCAGUCGCAGGUGCCAGUCUUCUAGUAUAUCAACUCUUUGUUUAUCGUUCGGUUGAUAAAAUCCUUGGACCUAUCCACUCAACCCGCAUUGCAGCAGUACUAUCUAUACCAAUAAUUGUUGCCUAUCCCUUUAUGACACACUUAUCAGGACUAAGACUUGGUGUGGCUCUCUAUAGUGCAGCAAUGAUCAAAAGUAUGCUUGCUAUAACUAUAAUUACUGGCACUUCUCUUCUGCAAAACAAUGCUGUGCCACAAGAGCAAAGGGGUGCUGCAAAUGGAAUAGCUACAACAGCAAUGUCCUUGUUCAAGGCUGCCGCUCCAGCUGGGGCAGGCAUUAUAUUCUCGUGGGCACAAAAGCGCCAACAUGAGGCGUUCUUUCCAGGUGACCAGAUGGUGUUUCUGCUACUGAAUCUGACUGAGGUCAUUGGGCUCAUUCUGACCUUCAAGCCUUUCCUGGCAGUUCCUCAACAGUACAAAUAAAACAUAUAGAGGUAGUGUCUCCAGAGGACAAAAAUGAACUAGUAUAUCUCUUAGUGCUAGAAGAUGGCAUAGCAUGAUCGCAGUGCAUAUAGAAGACUGAAACACAGUCGCUUGUGCAAUGGCAAUUCAGUGUGGAGUCAGAUGUUGAUGCUGUUCUUCUAGUUGGAGCGCAUGGACCCGUGCAAUCAAGUAAGCUAUGUAAUCACUAGGGCAAUUGGGUUAUCGCACUGUUGGAAUGGUUUGUUGUCCUUGUUAGAUGAUUUUAUGGAGUGUCGGUCUGUGUAAUACUGUGAAACCAAAUGAAAAUAUAUCUAGGUUUAUAUACGAUGAGCGAUUGAUAAGUGUGUU